AUGGUGGUGAUAUCAGCGACAGCGAGCGGUGGCGCCCACAAACUGAUUUUGAUCGCUGGGAAGCAGAGCAACGAAGGCGGCUGCUGCUUCGGCCGCCCCGUCUCGGACACCGAGUCGAGCGGCUCCUCGGCGGGGCCGACCGUGCGUAAAAGGCAGCGGCUCACGCACUUGAGCCCCGAGGAGAAAGCGUUAAGAAGGAAACUCAAGAACAGAGUUGCGGCCCAAACUGCCAGGGACAGGAAAAAAGCCAAAAUGGGUGAACUAGAACAGCAGGUCCUAGAGUUGGAAUUGGAGAACCAAAAACUUCAUAUUGAGAAUAGACUUCUUCGGGAAAAAAAUGGCGGCCUGCUUACUGAAAAUGACGAACUGAAGCACAGACUCGGAUUGUGCGCCCUGGACACCGAGGAGAAGGUGCGACCGGAAGGCCUGGGAGGAGCGAACGCUACGUGUGCCUCUGCAGCAGGUACAGACCCAGCAGUUCCGAAACCUGAAGACUUCUCAAUGGAUUCGGAUUAUCCUGACGCUGCAGACAAUGAGUCUGAUCUACUCCUGGGUAUGCUGGACAUCCUGGACCCAGAGCUUUUAUUCACAUCCUGUGAGCAGCUCCAGGUGGACCCGGUACCUGCCGCCGCACCUGCGUCUAUGGGGGCGCCAUCAAUCAAGCUGGAGGCCCUUAAUGGACUGAUCCAGUUGGAUCACGUUUACACCAAACCGGCAGAGGAUAACUGCCAAGAAAAUGAUCACGAAGACGACGAUGACGACGACGACGGCACGACCGCUUCCUACCCGGUCGCCGACGACUCGGCGGAGGAUGACGCCUCCGUCAAAGACGAGCCGGAGGAAUUGGUCAUCUCCGGACAGAUGGAUGAAUUCCUUUGCGCGGCUGCCGUGGCCAUCUCCGCCGCCGCCUCCUCGCGGCGGGAGGCCUGCCCGGCGGACACCUACAGCGACUCCGGAUACGAGGGCUCCCCGUCCCCCUUCAGCGACGUACCCUCCCCGCUGUGCUCGGCGAGCCCGUGGGACAACAUGACCAGUGAACUCUUCCCCCAGCUAAUUAGCUUCUAG